AUGGUGACGGAGGAAAAGGAACAUAUGAAAAAGGGUAACCUGGAUGAUGACGACGAAGGCUAUGGAGAAGUCUAUGCUCCAGCCCCCACUGGCCGUCAAGACAGAAGAGGUGUGAGACAGGCAUUAAUGACGAAGAAGGAAGUCAAGCUUGUCAACGGAGAGCUUAUCCUGGAAUGUAAGAUUCCUACUAUCUUGCACAGCUUCUUACCACGGAGAGACGACCGAGAAUUCACCCAUAUGAGGUACACUGCUGUCACUUGCGAUCCCGAUGACUUCGUAGCAAAGGGAUACAAGCUUCGUCAAAACAUCGGCAGUACUAUGAGAGAAACGGAACUGUUUAUAUGCGUUACGAUGUACAACGAAAACGAAAUUGACUUCACCCGUUCGAUGCAUGGGAUCAUGAGGAACAUUUCUCACUUCUGCUCCAGAACCAAGUCACGAACUUGGGGAAAAGAUGGAUGGAAGAAAAUCGUCGUUUGCAUUAUUGCUGAUGGACGACACAAAGUUCAUCCUCGCACCUUGAACGCUCUAGGUGCCAUUGGUGUGUAUCAGGACGGUAUUGCAAAGAACAUAGUCAACCAGAAGGAGGUUACGGCUCAUUUGUACGAAUACACGACCCAAGUCUCUUUGGACCCAGACUUGAAGUUUAAGGGUGCCGAGAAGGGUAUCGUGCCUUGUCAGAUGAUAUUUUGUCUCAAGGAACGAAACCAGAAGAAGCUCAAUUCUCAUAGAUGGUUCUUCAAUGGGUUUGGCCGUGCAUUGAAUCCCAAUGUUUGCAUCUUGCUUGAUGUGGGAACAAAGCCGGAGCCAACUGCCUUGUACCAUCUUUGGAAAGCAUUUGAUCAGGACUCUAACGUUGCCGGUGCUGCUGGAGAGAUCAAAGCUGGCAAAGGAAAGGGAUGGGUCGGAUUACUCAACCCUUUGGUUGCAUCUCAGAAUUUCGAGUACAAGAUGUCCAAUAUUUUGGAUAAACCGUUGGAAUCUCUGUUUGGAUAUAUCACUGUGCUACCCGGUGCAUUGAGUGCUUACCGAUACCAUGCGCUGCAGAAUGAUUCCACUGGCCAUGGCCCUCUUAGUCAAUAUUUUAAGGGAGAGAUGUUGCACGGGAAGAAUGCUGAUGUCUUCACGGCUAACAUGUAUCUUGCCGAAGAUCGUAUUCUCUGUUGGGAAUUGGUUGCUAAAAGGGAUGAACAAUGGCUUUUGAAAUUCGUCAAGAGCGCUGUUGGUGAAACUGAUGUUCCAGAUUCUGUUCCUGAGUUUAUUUCUCAACGUCGACGAUGGCUUAAUGGUGCCUUUUUCGCUGCUGUUUAUUCUCUGAUUCAUUUCAGACAGGUUUGGAAAACGGACCACACAGUUGCUCGAAAGAUAUUGCUGCAUAUUGAAUUUAUUUAUCAAUUCGUCAGCUUGGUCUUUACAUUUUUCUCUCUUGUAAGUUGA